AUGAACGCGGCUGGCUUCCCCUGCCUCAGAGGCAUGUGCACGCUGCCGGCGCCCAGCCCCGCCGCUGCGGCCAGCCCCGGCUCCCCCGGGCCGCCCCGGGGGUCUCCGUCGGUGAAGCCGGAGCCGCGGGGCGUUGGGAGCAGCCCGCCGCCGCCGCCCCCCGAGGAGCCGCCGCCCCCCGCCGGUGGCCGCCGCAGGAAGCGGCCGGUGCAGCGGGGCAAACCCCCCUACUCCUACAUCGCCCUCAUCGCCAUGGCCAUCGCCAACGCCGCCGAGAGGAAGCUCACCUUAGGGGGCAUCUACAAGUUCAUCACCGAGCGCUUCCCCUUCUACCGGGAGAACCCCAAGAAGUGGCAGAACAGCAUCCGCCACAACCUCACCCUCAAUGACUGCUUCGUCAAGAUCCCCCGGGAGCCCGGCCACCCCGGUAAGGGCAACUACUGGACGCUGGACCCAGCCGCAGAGGACAUGUUCGACAACGGGAGCUUCCUGCGCCGGAGGAAGCGCUUCAAGCGCACCGACAUCACCACCUACCCCGGCUACAUGCAAAACUCCAGUGCCUUCACACCCCCACCCGCCGGCCGCCCUGCAGCACCAGCAGCCCCCUACCCCAACACCCUCUGCUCGCCUGGCUACGGCCCCCAGCUCUCCAGCACUGUCUUCCACCCCUAUGCUGCCGGGGCAGCACCUCCAGCACAGCAUCCCAGGAUGUUCAGCAUCGACAGCCUCAUCAGCGGGCAGCAGGCCCUGCAGCCCUCGCCGCCAUCUGACCUGGGCCACCCAUCACUGGGCUUGCCCGGGGCUGAGCUGGCUCCUACCUGCUCCACCAGCAGCUCCGAGCCUCCCUGCUUCCAGGCGCAGCCUGUCAGUCCCAGCUUGUUGGGCCGGGCUGGCCCUAACACCUUGGCUUACCCCUAUGCUGCCUCACCCCCACAUCUGCCCGUGGCACAGGGCAGCUACUCACCGGGCAGCCCGCAGCUCUAUGGGGCUCCCAACAGACUGUCCCUGCCAGCCAUGCGGCCUCCAGCCUGUGCUGAACAUAGCGAGCAGCUCCUGGGGCUCUCUGCAUCGUCCCUCGGCCAAUUCGGCUCCAGCAACUCCUACAUGAGGCAGCCCAAUUUCCCCGCCAGCCUGGAGCGGUACAUGUGA